AUGACUUCAUCUCCUCCCGCCUCUUCGUCAACUUCAAAACAACGGCCACGUCGACCAACUCGUCAGAUACCCGCCGUUCCAAAUCGAACUGAUGAUCAGACGCAGGAUUCGGUUUCAUCCGAGGAGCACUAUUUGGCUCUGACACCUCUUCGUGCUCACUACCUCAAGAAAUCACUCAUACAACUCCAAUUCCACAAAGAAUUAGAUGACAUAACGAAUGCACCGGCUGAUGGUGUCUCCACCCUUGCAUAUCUUGGGCCCCCAUUUACAUCGCCACCAGAAAGUGCUAAGCCUCUCGAUUUACCCUUUUUGAAGUACAUCUUCCGGAAAUUUGUUUUAACAUUUCCCCUCCUCGCCGCCGCAGAGAAAAGUUUCUACUCAGAUAAGCUACAAGUAUUUGUUGCAUCCGCUCUUGCGAAAAACAUAUCUCCCACCUCAAUACUUGAGGAUGAAAGCGACCCCAAGGCUGCUCGCCUCCAAUUACUCGCCAAAAUGGAGCGGAACUUUGCCCUCUUUUUCAGCGCAGGUACAAAGCUAGUGGAACCAGAGGAGGUCGUCCGCCUCAACCAAAACGACCUCGAUCGACUCGAGCAACUCGCUCAGAAGCACCGGGCAUGGUUAGCCAAACAUCGCGAUGUGUUCGAAGUAAAUAUUGUAUGUGUGAGGACUGUCACAGACAAGGGUCGGGUCCGUAGUCGAGUUCACGAGGAAUUCAUCAUCAGGACUCGGCUAUCAGAGAAUAGGGAGUUUUGCGUGUCUCGAAGGUAUGGCGACUUCAAAACGCUUGCAGAUGAGCUGCGCAAAUUUCAUCCUGAAGAGAAUGUACCUUCCCCGCCAGUCAAAGAUCGCACGAUCGUCAAUAUUCCCCGCUCGACCUCUCCUCCAGAUGCCUCUAUCAUGUCCCGGAUGCAAGGCUCCACCGCAUCAUAUUACGGUUCCACGUUCUCAGAAGGUUCCUCUGAGUCGCCCCCUCAUUCUCCAUCCUCGCAGCAGUUUGGGAGUUCGGAAUCUUCACCGCGGCUUUCGCGAGAAAAGAACAGGCUGACCCUUAGAGCCUAUCUGCAUUCUCUCAUGAAUAACGUGGCAAUCGCGAGCUCUCCCGUUCUCAAAUCUUUCUUACUCAGCGGACCCACUAAUUUGAGCCCUGAAGAACUAGAAGAUGCACGGAGAAGAGAAGACGCAGAUGAAAUUCGUGAAAACGGGAGAAAACGAUUUGCGCAUGAAAUCGCGGUGCGUGUUGACGGACUUAGAGAUGCAGUCAAGAGUGUCAAGGGCGAUAUCAUGGGGAAAGACGGUCUUAGCCACAUCUUCGCCAUAAUCAAGGUGACUCCCGACGUAAAUCAACUACCUCCUAAUUACCGGGCUGUGACAGAAUGGGGUAGAAUAACGCUAGCCUCGACAAUCUUCCAAAUGUUUGUCGCGUCCGAUACUGCGUCGGAAACAUUUGCCAGCAUGAAGCGUUUACACGGACUGAUGCCUUACUUUUUGCUGAGGACAGCACUCAAGAUCAGCAGUCCAGUUACUAUGAUACGCACUGUGGUGGACAUCUUUUUGGCUACCCCCUUCGGUGGAAGAAGUCUUCUUCAACGGAUGUUCUCAAGCUCCCUCACGGAAGAGGUUAGAACCAUUGAAGAAGAUAUCGAAGCUGUAAAAGCCAAAGUUGAUGACCCUAUCAUGUGCGAGAAGCUCCGCCUGUUUGUCAACGCCCCGCGCGAGAUCCAGGACACCUACCGAGUGGAUGCAGCGGAGGGGAAAAUUCCUCUACUUGCGGUUGUUCUGCGCUCUGGAGAAGAACCCAGGUUGAAUCGUGAUCAAUUACGCCGAGUGCACCGGGCACAUCUUGCCCAUGCGACAUACAUGAGGGAGCGGGGCAGCCUCGCGGACUCGGACGAUGAUGAUGGGCCACGCGAUGAGGAGGCAUGGCUAUUUGAAGAUCUGAAGGUGCUCGUGCAGCUUUACUCGCGAUUGAGAGAUCGGGAACAGUUGAUUGCACUAAUAUUCGAGGGCGUCACCGCCGAAUUGCUGAAGGAUAUCAUCUCCAUUUUCUAUGCGCCAUUAGCCCAAGUAUACAGGGCUGCUAAUAUCGGAAAUUCUGUAUCAGAUCUGCAGAAUUUCAUCACCGAUUUAAUUAGAGUUGUGGAGGCUACGGAAACAAUGAGCGAACAGGAUCCCCAGGUCACCGUACAAAUUUUUAUUGACCUCGUGGGCCGGCACGAGCAAGCCUUUUACUCUUUCGUGCACAAGGUGCAUGCAAACGGGAAGGGCUUGUUUGAAAGCCUGAUGCGGUGGAUUGAGCUAUUCCUUACUGUCCUCCGCGAAGGGCUAGGAUCACUGGUAUCACUUGAAUUCCUACUGCCACACGGCGGGCAAGAGCGCGCGAACAUCAUGGACGAAAUAGACAGGGUCGCACGGUACCAUUACAAGUUAAAGAUCGCACACGAAGAAAAAGUGCGCAGGCGGUUCACGCGGGCUCAGGGACAUGAUGAUGCGGACGCAGAAGACGAGGCAACGCAGGCGCUAGUGCAUGGCGUGGUUGGGGAAAUUAAUUUUGGCGAACUGGUGCAAAGUGAUGCACUUGACCUUGCCGCGGAGGAAACAGAUGACGAAAGCGAUGAAUAUUCGAGCGAGUACGAAACAGACAGUUCGGGGAGCUAUGAAGACACCGAGAGCGAGGAGAACGAGGAGGAAGGGCCAACACCAACGAGGUCUCGGGUUCAGACAGCUAGGCCAUCUCCGCAUAUAUCGCCCCCGCAACACCCGCUGACUCCUCCACCUCUACAACAACCUCCCCCUUCUGACCGCCAGCGAUCCAUCUCAUUACGGAGUACUAAAUCCGCGAAUUUCUCGUAUCAGUCGAAGUGGAAAGAUGUCCCUCCAGUCCCACCAUUACCGUCAUCACUUCAUCGUGCGGAUAAACCAUUACCCCCACCUCCCCCCACGCUAACUUCACGUUCCGCGGAAAACGUUCGGCGGGCACCAAAUCACCCACCGCGCAAAUCGAAGGUGUCCACGAACACACUCAAGCCUCCCAAUCUUGUUCACAUUCCGCGGCUGUUGCCGUUAUUUGUUGAAGUAGUCAGUGCUGCUUCUCCUGAUGAAAUUUGA